UUGCGAUUUAAGCAAACAACUAAUAUAAAUUCUAGAAUUUCUUGAAUUAUGAUACGACUUAUAACCUUUGAUGUCAACAGAACUCUUCUGAGGUUAACUGCAUCACACCCAGGUGAAGUGUAUGCUUGUAUUGCUGCCAAGUACGGUUACCAGUGUGAUCCUCUUGUGCUGGGCACUGCUUUCAGAGAAUCUUACAAGACCCAAUCUGUGGAGUCUCCAACUUUUGGGAGUGGACGGGAAGAUUGGAAGGACUGGUGGAGGCGUGUGGUGCUGAACACUCUGAAAAGUAGUGGCGUUGAUAUCAAUAGAAACCACCUGCAUGCAAUUGCUGAGGAUUCCUUAGAGAUAUACGCACAUGCUCCAGCCUACACUGCACUGCCAUAUGCUCAAGAAACAUUACAGUGUCUCAGUGACAAGCGCAUUGCUCUUGGUGUGAUUUCCAACACAGAUCCUCGGAUCAAGCAAGUUUUACUUGAGCAUGGGUUUGCCAAGUACUUCAAUUUUGUGCUGGAUUCAUACAGUGCUGGGAUUUCUAAGCCUCAUUUAGGUAUCUUUAAGCAAUCGUUAAGUAUAUCACAGUUAGCUGAUUUAAAACCUUGUGAGGUGCUACAUGUUGGUGAUAGCCUUCAAAUGGACUAUCUAGGAGCCAGGAAGGCUGGCAUGCAAAGUACUCUUGUUUCUCCUGACUUUAGAGAACAGUGUAGCCAACAUGGCUUUCCUGUUGACAAUUCUUCUAUGUUUGGGUCUCUUAAGGAACUAGUGCCGCAAUUACUUUCAAUUUGUUGAU